AUGCCCGUCAGUCGCUGGAACGAUGCCAAAAAGCUCACUCUCCUUCGCACUGCCAUUGCGUGUUCACCAAACUUCAAGAUCGAUGCCGCUCAAGUAGCUAAGCUGUGGCCCGACGACGAUGGUGAGCACGUCAAACCAACUGUUCGUAGCAUUAGCGACAACUUUAGGGCAAUUAUGAGACACGGCAAAGACCUCGAGGCUUUACGGCAGGUCAAGCAAGGGCCCAUCACAAAAGAGGAUGAUCAAGACGAAAAAGCCGAAGCCAAGUCUAAGGUGAAGAAUGGGAUCGACGACACCCCUGCUACGUCUCAAUCAUCUACGAUCAAAUCUCCAGAAGGGAAGAAUAUAGUCACUACUCCACGCCGCGGUGUGAGCUCCGGGAACAAGCGCUCGUCAGCGAACAAGCCCAGCACCGGAUCUAAGCGCAAGCGCCGCGCCCAUUCACCCUUCUCUGACGACGACAUGCGAUCGGCAAGCGAGACCACCUCCGGCGACGAGGCCAAUAUCGCCUCUCCAACCCCACUGACUCGAAGAACCUUGCCAGUGCGCAAAACUCGCCAUGCAGCCAAGCCCAUGUCCGAGGACGGGCACGGCGGCACGGAGGGGGAGGAGGAAUAUGUGUGUGCAAGGCACCAGGACUCCGAGGACUCGGACGGCGAGUACGACCUUGCCGAAGAGCGCAAGGAGAAGGCAGCACGCAAGGCGAAGCUCGCGAGGCUGGCUCGCAAGUGA